AUGAUGAAGUACUCGACUGCCCUGACCCUCGCUCUCGCCUCCGCGGCUACCGCCGACUGGUCCCUCUACUGCGGCGAUUCUUGCUCCGGCGGUACUCUCGUUGCAUCCGGUUCGGAUGGUCAAGGCGCAUGCACCAGUCUCGACGGGACCUACGAUUACUGCUAUAUUGAGGCUGAGUCCUCAUACUCUCCAGAUUGGUGGAAGGCGAUCUUCUUUGAGAGUGCUCUCUGUGAAGUCAAUGACGAUGAAUCUGGAAUGCACGAGAGUAGUGGGCUGUUUAAUGGCGGUUGUACUGAUGCUGGCUCCUGGACUUCUUAUAAUGUCGUCGUUAAUGCUUAA